ACGGGCGCUCAAAGCGGAGGAGCGGAUAAUACGAUAAACGCGCUAACACAAAUCGACUGGCAUAGUUUAGUGUGCUUGUGUGUGUAAGCAGACAGAAAAAGGCGAAAUACCAAUUCAUUUACAGGGUAUCAUCCGCCACGUAUAUAAAGAAGGCCCUACCUAAUGCGGCCCAGAAUAUUCAGCAAUGUGUGAUCCCUUUAGCCGGAGGUCAGGCAACGUGAUUGUCCGGACUUGAGUAUUCCCGCCUUGGAUCCGGUGUACUUCGCACAGAACCACUUGGGACGGCAAUACGGGCAGAGUGACAAAAGAAAAAGCACCAUUAUUAAAUAUAUAUACGAUGACUAUAUCGGAAGUUUUCACGGAUCAGGAAAUCUUUGUGACCGGCGCCUCGGGUUUUGUGGGCAAGGCGCUGGUCGAGAAGCUGCUCCGGUCCUGUCCAACACUAGGCCGGAUUUACGUUCUGAUGCGGCCCAAAAAGGGGCACAAUAUCGAGGAGCGUCUGCAGCUCCAAUGGGAGACAAAGCUGUACGAGAGGGUGCGUAGGGAACAGCCCGAUGCCCGAUCCAAGUUGGUGGCCAUUGCCGGGGACGUGGAGCAGUUGGGCAUGGGCAUCAGUGCAGCAGAUCUAGAGCGAUUGAAAAACGUAAACAUUGUAUAUCACUCGGCGGCCAGUGUGCGUUUUGACGACCCCCUACGCACCGCCAUAUUAAUGAAUACCCGCGGCACCCAUGAACUGAUCAAGCUGGCCCUGGGUUGGCGUAAACUCAAGGCCUUUGUCCACGUGUCCACCACGUAUGCAAACCCCGGAGUUCUGGAGGUAGAGGAGCGCGUCUAUCCACCGCUGGCCGAUUGGCGGACAACCAUUAAGCUGGCGGAGACCUACGACGAGGAGACUUUGAACAUCUACAAUCUCAAGUAUGGAAAUUUCCAGCCCAAUACGUACACCUUUACAAAGAGCUUGGCCGAGCAGGUUGUCAACGACUACAGGGAUCAGCUGCCCAUCUUUAUCUUUAGGCCAUCAAUUGUGGUUUCCACCAUUGAGGAGCCCAUGCCCGGCUGGGCGGAUAAUUUCAAUGGACCCACUGGCCUUCUGGUUGCCUGCGGCACUGGAAUUCUUCGUUCCCAGAACUGUGAUCCCAAUAUUGUGUCCGAUUUUGUGCCCGCUGACGUGGUGGUUCGUACACUAAUCACCGCAGCUUACAAGUUCAUUUCGGAGGCUAAGCUCCGGCAGGAGCGUAAGGCCAAAGGCGAGGAAAGUGAGAUGUAUGUGAUCAACUGUGCCACGGCCAAUAUAUCACCCAUAACCAUGGGCGAGGUGAUCGAAAUUGGCAAGACUUUUAUACGAAAGAAUCCCUUUGAGAAGACCCUAUGGCUGCCAGGUGGAAGUAUGACCACCUGUCCGGUAUUGCACUUUAUAAGGUUCUGCACUAUGCAUUUACUCAUGGCCGUUGUGGUUGACACUUUGCUGCGACUCUCUAACGAAAAGCCCUUCCUUAUGAAGCUGCAGCGUCGCAUUUUUGCUGCCUUUAGUGCCCUGCAGGUUUUCGCCAUGACCGAGUGGCACUUUCAGAAUAACAAUUUCCGGGCCCUGCAUGACUUAGUUCCGGAAAAUGAAAUGUCCACCUUUGGCUUCAUGCAGCAUGCGAAUAUCAAUUAUGUGGACUUCUUCCAGCAUGGUAUACGAGGCGCCAAGGAGUUUCUAUUGAAUGAAGGUCCCGAAAGCAGUAAAGCCGCCAGAUUCCGGGUGAAAAUCUUUUACGUUUUGGACUUUUUGUGUCGCGGCAUUGUGUACAGCUUCCUGCUCCGUUUGAUAUACAAAUUUCUUGUGGGCCUGUGGUAGCCUCGUUUUAUUUUAUUUUCCUUAAAAAAUAUAUAUUGUGGCAUUGGUUUGUAA